CAAGAAUGGUUAAAGAAACCCAGCUGGCCAGCAGCCUAUACGUAUUCAUCCUCCUUCCCUUGCUCUUCCUCUUUUUUACCUUCCAUCGUCGCCGCAGAACAACCCUAAACCUCCCUCCCGGCCCUCCACCUCUUCCCAUCAUCGGAAACCUCCUCACCAUCGGAAAAAUACCUCACAUAUCUCUCCACCUCCUCUCCCAAAAAUAUGGCCCUCUCAUUCAACUCCGGCUGGGCCAAAUCCCCACGAUUCUCAUUUCCGAUGCUGAUAAUGCUUCUGAAAUACUCAAAUCCCAAGACCACAUAUUUUGUAGUCGCAAGGAAUUGGCCACCCUCAAACGCUUGUCCUAUGGAUGCAAAAAUAUAGCUUUCUCCCAGUAUAAUGAUAACUGGAAACAACUCCGGCGGCUUGGUACCCAAGAAGUUUUUAGUCCUAAUAAAGUUAUAUCUUUUGAGUCUGGUCGCACAGAAGAAGUUGACAUACUCCUAAAGACCAUAUCAGCAGCUUCUUCUAAUUCUGGUGGCAAGCCGAUAAAUAUGAGAGAAAUCUUAAUUUGUUUCUUCAAUAAUGUUAUUUAUCGAGAGGUGUUUGGGAAGAGGAUUUCAGUUGAUGGAGAGUGUUGGAUAAGUCCAAUACAGAAUAUGCUUAGAGAGCUGCUUAUGCUAAUGAAUCAUGACUUUGGAGCAGCAGAUUUAUUUCCCUCACUGGGUUGGAUUGAUUUGUUGACUGGCUGGCGAGGGAAACUGGACAAGGUUUUUAAAAAAAUGGAUUCCUUUUUUGAGGAGAGCAUCAAGGAAAGGCUACUGGCCAUACAAAGAGAUGGGAGACAUCAAGUGUAUUUUCUUGAUACCCUCCUUAAUCUUCAAAAUACAAAAGAUGGCGCCUCUGAUCUAUCUUUUGAUCAAAUCAAAGCCAUUCUCUUGGACAUAAUUAUAGCAGGAACGGAAACAUCUGCAGCAACUAUCGAAUGGGCGAUGACAAAUCUAAUAAGAAAUCCAGCCAUCUUUAAAAAGGCACAAGAGGAGGUUCGGCGAGUGGUUGCUGGCAAAGAAAAGGUGCGAGUGAGCGACCUACAACAUCUUCAUUAUCUAAAGUUAGUAAUAAAGGAAACAUUGAGGCUUCAUCCGCCCGUCCCAUUGCCAUCACCGCGAGAGUCCAUGAAAGAUACCAAGAUAAAUGGUUAUGAUAUUCCAGCAAAGACGAUGGUAUUUGUUAACUUAUGGUCUAUUGGAAGGGAUCCAAAGUACUGGAAAGAUCCCGAGCUUUUUAUGCCUGAGAGAUUCGAGAACAGCCUUAUUAAUUUUAAAGGGAGCAACUUUGAGCUCAUACCAUUUGGUGGAGGAAGAAGGAUCUGCCCUGGAAUUGCAUUUGGCAUGGCUAAUGUUGAACUGUGUUUCGCAAAUCUACUCCAUGUAUUUGAUUGGGAAUUGCCCAAUGGAAUGACCAAAGAGGAUAUUGAAAUGGGUUAUGCACCUGGGUUGGUUUCUACAAAGACAGCGCCACUUAUUUUGGUGGCAAAACCGGCUUUGAACAAGUGACAUAUGUUUCAUAUGUAAACAUAGAAAUAUAAAUAAAAGGGCACUUGAACAAAAUGCACCUAUAAAGUUAUAUAUGAAUAAAUAAUUUUAUAUGUACAUUGAGCUAGGGGUGUCAAUAUUUGACACGACACGAAAAUCCGACUCGGAAUUUUUGGGUUAGACCCGACCAGUUCGAAAAACAGGUCGGGUUGACCUGACGGGUUGACAGGUCAACCCGGAAACCCGU